AGUUACCUCAUCUGCCACCUCCCAGACUCCUGCACUCUGUGGCACGAGAACUGCCUGGUGGCGGGGGCUGCUUCGGGGGUCUAACUUGCUCCAGUUCUCGUGGCUUGCAGGCGGUUGCUGUGUCAGAGGGAGUUUUCAGAUAAACAUGGCUUUCCAAGGUGGAAUGCAGGCUGGGGACGUUGGUGCUUCCCUCCGUGAGCUCUGCGUGUGUGUGCACUGUCCACAGGGAUAAACUGAGAGCCACCAGAGCUCUCUCUCUGACCUGGACCCAACCUGCUUUGAAAACAACGAGAAACACCAAAUCUGGCACUUCCUCCUAAAACAUCUUCCAUCUUGCACGAGGCAGACUCUCCGAACAUUGGAAUAGCAGACCUGAAGUUAUGGAAUGGGACAAUGGCACUGUCCAGGCUCCAGGCUUGCCGCCCACAACCUGCGUCUACCGUGAGGAUUUCAAGCGACUACUGCUACCCCCGGUAUACUCGGUGGUGCUGGUGGUCGGCCUGCCUCUGAACAUCUGCGUCAUUGCCCAGAUCUGCGCAUCCCGCCGGACCCUGACCCGUUCCGCUGUGUACACCCUGAACCUGGCACUGGCGGACCUACUGUAUGCCUGUUCACUGCCCCUACUUAUCUAUAACUACGCCAGAGGCGACCACUGGCCCUUCGGAGACCUCGCUUGCCGCUUUGUACGCUUCCUCUUCUAUGCCAACCUACACGGCAGCAUCCUGUUCCUCACCUGCAUUAGCUUCCAGCGCUACCUGGGCAUCUGCCACCCCCUGGCUUCCUGGCACAAGCGUGGAGGUCGCCGUGCUGCUUGGGUGGUAUGUGGAGUCGUGUGGCUGGCUGUGACAGCUCAGUGCCUGCCCACGGCAGUCUUUGCCGCCACGGGCAUCCAGCGCAACCGUACUGUCUGCUACGACCUGAGCCCACCCAUUCUGUCUACCCGCUACCUGCCCUAUGGUAUGUCCCUCACGGUGGUCGGCUUCUUGUUGCCCUUCAUAGCCUUACUGGCUUGUUAUUGUCGCAUGGCCCGCCGCUUGUGUCGUCAGGAUGGCCCAGCAGGUCCUGUGGCCCAAGAGCGGCGCAGCAAGGCGGCUCGUAUGGCUGUGGUGGUGGCAGCUGUCUUUGUCAUCAGCUUCUUACCUUUCCAUAUCACCAAGACAGCCUACUUGGCUGUGCGCUCCACACCCGGUGUCUCUUGCCCUGUACUGGAGACCUUCGCUGCUGCCUACAAAGGCACUCGGCCCUUCGCCAGUGCCAACAGUGUUCUGGACCCCAUUCUCUUCUACUUCACACAACAGAAGUUCCGGCGGCAACCCCACGAUCUCCUACAGAAGCUCACAGCCAAGUGGCAGAGGCAGAGAGUCUGAGGCCCCAGGGGAGGCCCUGGGGCACUAGCUGCACUGUGUUUGUCACUGGGGCCAUGGUGCCUGAAACUUUCUCCCCAAACCAUAUAGAGAAGCAAAACUUGGCUCAACAUGCCUGAGCCUCCAGAAUUUCCACACCAACCACAAAACUAAGACACCUGUGUUUUGGUGACUGGUCGAUUCAUGCUUUUUACAUUCAGAACUCAGGAUGUUGUGACAAGAUAACAAGUUCUGGUCCAGCUUUGUCUACACAGUGAAACCCCACUGUGAAACCCCCGUCUCAGACAAUCAAGGGUCUGCUAGACAUCUCAGGAUGUGCUAGGCCCUGGAAUAGGAAUGCAGAUUCCAACAAAGGUCUUCUCUGCCUCCCUCUUCUUAUGUUUACAGGGUGGAGGGGACUGCUGGUGCACUUGUCAUGUGAGGGUAAGGUCCCUUCUGUACAAGAGCCGGGAAAGCUCACG